CAUAGAAUGCAAGCAAUAAUAACCCACUGCACCUCUCUCUCUUUGUGAAAACUCCGAUUGAAUAAAAAUGGCAAUUGGGAAGAAGAAGUUGAUGUCAUCGGCGCCAUGGAGGGGCGAAGAGGAAGCCGCCGAAGAGUUCCAAGACGCGAAGCUCAAAGUCACAAAGCAGCAGCCUGGAGCCGAGUCAGUGAUGCACGUGCCUUGCAAGAAGAAAGGCAAGUCCAAACGCCACGACCAUGACGAUUACGAUGAUGAUUCCCUCGUCGAGAUUGACCCCCAGCUUCGCUACAGCUUUCAACGUAACUACCAGUUUCUUCAACGAGUAUUCAGCAUUGACACCAUUGUGAAACCUCUUCCGCCUGCCAUGGCCUACAAUGUUUCCCGCAACUUGAACUUCUUUACGCGAAUUUUCACUCAGUUCUUUGAUCCAGAAGGUAUAGCAAAUGCCCAAAAAUCAUUAGGGAUAGGACAAGAAGAGAAAGCUCGCCGCGUUCAUUGAAAAA